GUGCCGCAAGUUGUAGAAAAUAGUUAAUAAAGCCGGAACGUAUUUCCGAAUGUGUUGCAGUGAACAAAAGAGAGUAUUGGUGGACCACUAAGUACCCCCCUCGAGGACAUUGAUGCAUUGAUAAAUAGCUACCCGAAGGCAUCAUGUACAACGGCAUUGGCUUGACAACCGCCCGCGGCUCCGGUACCAACGGACAUGUGCAGCGCAAUUGUGCAUUCGUCCGGCCGGGCAAAAAGGACAAGGACUAUCGCAGCGAAGAUGACAUCAAAAAGUUGGACGCCCAGCUGAAUCGUCCGCCAAACAAGGAAAUUCUUGACCAUGACCGCAAGCGCAAGAUCGAAGUCAAGUGCUUGGAAUUCGAGGAGAUACUCGAGAAGCAGGGACGCACACCGGAGGACAUCAAAUCGCAAGUGGACUCGUUCCGUCAGAAGUUAGUGGGCCAAGGGAAGACAGAUGCACCAAAGGAUGAAUUUGGACGCGUAGCCAAUACGACCACCUCCACGGCUAUGUCGGCAGUGGGGAUAACUUCAGCUGCUGCUGCUUCUGCUUCUGCUGCUGCCUCAGUGGCAACCACAACAACAACAACAGCCACCACAUUGCAAGUGGUGAAAGCGAGAAAACGCCGCAAGCGUCGGAAACGCGCAGGUCACGCAAUUGGUGCCGCCUCCACCACCACCACCAUCACAGCUGCUGCCGCCACAGCCAGCCACCUCGGCAGUCCCCACACCCACACACACCCCCAAGCAGGAAGCGUUUCCCUACCGACAGCAAACGGUGGCAGGAAGUGCAAGGCCCAAUACUUCCAGCACGACAAUCGGGAGUACUUGGCAAAGUACGAGAGCUUUCAACUCACGGCGCACCACACGGCAUCGGGCGCAGCUGCGCUGAACUAUGCGGCGGUGGCGAAAAAGUUCAAGCCCUUGCGGCCGGCGUUAACAAGCGGCGCCAAGAAAACCAGGCGACCAGGAAUGCCCAGAAAGUCGAACCCUGACUGCGCCUGCGCCUGCCAAUCCGCAGUGACGGAGCCGGCCGCGGAACCCAGCCAGCGAACAGCUGUUGCCACGCACCAGGACUUGCCACUGUCCACGUCGCAGUGGGGAAACGGAAGCGCAAACGCGAACGCAUCAAAGAUCAAUAUCGAUGGCCACAUACUGCUCGAGCUGCUGAAGCACUCCUCGAACACAUUGCUGGAGACACUGCUCGGUGCUGGCAGUGCUGUGUCAUCGAGUGCUCGCGACACCCAUCAGAUAGCCGAGGCACAGCAGCAAAAGAACGCAAGGCUGCGCGAGGCCUUCAACAUAUCCAGCUACUUUGUGGAGGGCAGCAGCUUCGACAACGAUCGCAAAGCAAAAGAGGAUCUGGCCAAAAGCGUGGCUCUUCAAAAGGAACUGGACGCACAGCGCGAAAGCCUGGCAGCGGCGGCAGCGGCUGCAGCAGCUGCUGCAGGCAAGGACAAGGAGACGGGCAAGCGAUAUGCUCUGGUCCGUACCCCAUCCCGAGAGCGAGAGCGGGAUGGAGAGGGCCAUGUUGCCGCCGCCAGUGGCGAUGAGCGCGAGCAUGUCUCAAAGUCGGACAAGAAGAAGCGCAAGAAGCGCGCCAGAGAAAGCUCUGCCAGUCCUGAGCGCAAAAAGGACAAGAAAAAGAAGUCAAAGAAGCACAAGAAAGAGAGUAAGUCCAAAAAGAAGAAGUCCCGCAAGCGCAAGCACAGCGCCAGUUGCACCGACAAGGAAACCGACAAGGACAGCGACGAGGAGGCGGCGGGCAGCAGCGAUGAGGAGCGCGACCGCGAUCGUGAGCUAAAGAGCGCACGCAAGAAAGCCAAGAAGGACAAGAAAAAGCGCGACAAGAAGCUGAAAAAGAAGUCACGGGCCCGUGCCAGCUCCUCGGACUCGGAGCCCUCCAACUCACCGUCGCGUAAUGAACGCAAAGGCAAGAAGUCGGGCAAAUCCCGCGAUCCAACAGCUACCAAAGCUGAAGACAAUGGCACAUCGCGGGAGAAUCCCUUCCGGAGCAGGUCCCGCGAACGUCGCAGGGAAUUAAAGCGGCCCAACGAAUCAUCGGCCGACGGUCGAAGGGACAAGCGCGAGCGUAGCGAUAGUCGCAGUCGACGUCCCAAGUCCAAUGAACGGGGGGCAACCACCCGUACUCCACCUCGCAAAGAGCCGGAAAGAAAGCGCGAACGUUCUAAGGAGAGACUUCGAUCAAAAGAAAGGCAACGAUCAAAAGAAAGACAGCGAUCAAAGGAAAGACUUCGUUCGAAGGAAAGACAACGCUCGAAAGAAAGACAGCGAUCAAAGGAACGACCAAAAUCGAAGGAGAGACAGAGGUCGAGGGAAAGACAGCGAUCGAAGGAGAGGAUCCGCUCCAAAGAAAGACAGCGUUCAAAGGAAAGGCAACGCUCUAAAGAGAGGCAAAAGUCUAAGGAUAGACAGAGAUCUAAGGAUAGGCAGAGAUCUAAGGAUAGGCAGAGGUCAAAAGAGAGACAGAGGUCAAAGGAGAGGCAGCGAUCAAAGGCGAGACUUUAUUCGAAAGAGAGACUGCGAUCCAAGGAGAGGGCGCGAUCAAAGGAUAAACCAGUAGUUGAAAUCAAGCGCGACAGAUCAAAGGAUCGCCAGCGAUCAAAGGAGAGGAAACGAUCGGUGGAUAAGGCACCCUCGAAGGAGAGAGAUAUGUCCAAAGGUCGACAAAGAUCAAAGGAGAGACAGCGCUCCAAAGAAAGACGACGUUCUAAGGAUCGCGGUCAACAAUCGAAUGAGAAAAAGCGUUCCAAGGAGCGACAACGAUCAAAAGACCGUCAACGAUCCAAGGAGCGACAGGGAGUGCCAAACCUAGCCGUCUCUAAGGAACGUACACGGCGCCAGAGAUCGCCAUCGACCUCGGCCAAAAAUUCAACAGAUAAUCGCAAGCCUACUCGCAGUUCUAGAUCACUUUCCCGUUCCCGCAAGCAGCAGUCGCCGGCCGCAGUUGUCGGGAGCAGCCGACGCAGUCAUUCCCCAGAGGUGCCACCCAAGAAGGCUGCGCCACCGGCAUUCAAUCCCUUUAAGGCUGCAGAAGACACUGUGAACGAUAUACUGGGCACCAAGUCGGUGAUUGUAGAACUGGAGAAGACCAAGCGCAAGCGGGCAGUCUCCAGCUCUAGCUCGGCAUCGGGUAGCUCCAGUAGCAGCUCGUCUGCAUCUCGGACACCUUCGCCCAAGCCCAAGCCUGGAAAACUGCGACGACGCAGCAAAACACCCGAUCCUAUCAAGAAGGAGAGGAGCCCCAAGCGAGAUCGUCGUACCCCGCGCCAGACCAGCGUGAAGCGUGAACGUUCAAGCACUCCACAAAAGCCCAAGCCAAAGGGAAAGGCGACCACACCCAGUCCGAAGCCAGCAAAGCGACGCUCGCACAGCUCAAGCUCUUCGGAACUGCGCUACUCGCCAGCAGAACGACAUCCAGAGCGCUAUCAGGACAUCAUACAAGACAAGAAGCGGCCAUCGAAGGCACGCGACCUUUCCACAACGAAGCCCGCGCCCGUGGUGCGCCUGAGGGCCCAGAGCGAUGACGGCAGCGAUGCCGAUGCGAGUGGCUCCAAUGUGGAUGCAGCAGCACUUGACGAGUUCCAGCAGAGCAAGCAAGAGCGCGAGGAGCUGCAGGAGCUGCGUAUGCUGGAGCAGCUCAAGUCGGGGAUCGCCGCCAAGGCAAAGCAGAAGAUCAAGACUAUGGAGAAGAACGGAGACGCCAGCAAGGACUCUGCCAAGGAGGGCAGUGAAGUAAGUGGCAACGAACUGGUGACGGCUACUAAACGUAAUUCGCUAAGUGAAUUCCUUGUUGCUAACAAUGUAACCGCUUUGAUUAACCCAUUGACAACGACAACGACUACGACAACACCCCCGCCACUCAUGGCUGUGAUCCUACCGCAGGCACAGCCACAUCCGCAGCUACAAGAGCAGAAGCCGCAGCAGCAGCAUCAGUCUGUGGAGGAGCCAAACCAAAAAAGAGACGACACCACGACGCCGCCCAUUUGCAAAGCGCCCCAAGUGGCUGCCAAUGGCGACGUUAAAAGUCCACCAGCAACGAACAUGAUAACUAAGAUUCAUCAAAGGCCUCCACAGCAGCAGCAGCAGCAUCAGCAGCAGCAGCAGCAGCAGCACCAGCCCCACCAGCAGUCGCAUCAACAUCAGCAUCCACACCAGCAACAGCAUUCGCACCCACACCAGACGAAGCGAAUCUUUCACAACCGAACGCUGAACAAUAACCCUAACAGUAGACAUAAUACUAACAACAACAAUAGCAACAACAACAUUCAUGCAUGUGGUGGUGGUGUCCCUCAUUCCAAUAGCAAUCCCGGUAUGCUGCCGUUCCUGGCCGGCACGCCGGGCACCUACAACCGCACAACGAACCGCCUUAACCACGGUCCGCUGCUGACGGCCACCCAUUACAAUAUAUGCAAGAACCAUCAGAACAGCAUGCAACAGCAAGCUCUGCUCGGUCGACGCGACCACCAGCAGCAGCAUCUGGCGCAUGGUAUUGUCUAUAACCCUAGUCUCUUCGGCCUUGGGCAGCAGCAGGCUUUGCUGGCCGCUGGCGGCCAACAUCAUGGACGUCAUGCCGUUGGGGGCCUUUUGGGCCUGGGCGGUGGUGGCGGACCUGCUGCGGGCCUGGCCUUGCUUAGUCAUCCCCAGCAUGCGAGGACCGGUAGCAUUAGUUUCAACGCGGCUGCAGCGGCUGCGGCCGUGGCAGCCAAUAGUAUAAGCUAUCAUCAUCAUCACCAGCAACAGAAACCGAAAAUUGUAAUAAAACCAUUCAAACUUCUGGAUCCACAGCCCUUAGUUGCUGCACUCGCCGACAGCAGUCUGGUGGACGCCAUCGUCUCCAAGGUGUCCACGGCCACUGUGGCUGCAGCGGAGAGUGCAGCUCGUCGAAGUCGGAGUCGUUCACGCCGCAGCAGUCACAGCCGCAGCAAGCGGCACACGAGUGGCAGUCAUCAUCAUCAUCACUCCAGUAGUCGCUCAAGAUCACGCUCCAGCUCCAGCAGCAGUGCCAGCGGCUCGCGCAGUUCUAGGUCCCGCUCUGGCUCGCAAUCAUCUCGUUCCAGCUGCUCAUCCCAAAGCAGCUCGGGCAGCUCCUCCAGCAGCGGCUCAGGCACAUCACAGUCUGGCUCACGUUCCCCAUCUAUACCACGGCGUCGGGGCUCACCCAGCUUUCUAGACAGACGUCGCAUUACGAGUGCUCGCAAGCGACCCAUUCCCUACCACCACAAGGCAGCCGGAGGCACUGAGGGGGGUGCUGCUGAAGCAGAGGAGGCCUCCAGCUGCUGCUCGAGCUGCUUCAGUCGGGCCAGCACACCGGCCACGCCCAUCUGCACUCCGCUGCGCAACAGUCGGAGCCCCUCGAUGGCCGCCUUUUGAGUGUUAACCGAUUCGCUGCGCAAAAUGUGCGGCGAGUCGUGAGCGAAGGAACACCUAGUGUAUCGCACUAGUCAGACUUUUAGUCGCAAAGGAACUCCUAGUGAAUCGCACUAGUCAGACUCAUAGUCGCCACAUGCACCAUACUCCUGAAACCACUAGGAUAAGAUAGUUGUUAUGCCGAAGGACAUUUGUUUUACACGCAUUCCCCCGACACUUAGUUAGAUAUUUAAUUUCGCAGUCAUGUGCCCGGAAUUUACUAGCGAAAUUAUAUAGUAGCCACGAUAUUAUGCCAAUAAUACUCGUUUAUAAGCCUCUAAUCGAAUUAUUUGCUAAUUUUAAGCUGAGUUUUAAAUAAAUAUAUUAUUUGUUGCCAUCUCGAA